AUGGGGGACUUUAAUGAGAUUGUACAGGUAGAAGAAAGACGGGGCGCAGAUACAUUACCUUUGACAGCUGAGGACUUCAAGAAUUGGGUACAUGACAUGGGUGUGGUAGACUUGCUGAUUACUAAUCGCAAGUUUACAUGGUUCAAAGGUCGAUCAUGCAGCCGUAUUGAUAGGGUUCUGGUUAGUCUGGAAUGGCUUGAAAAUUUUUCAGAGACUCGGAUGCGAGGUGGUCCUAGGGGUUUGUCUGACCAUUGUCCUAUCAUAGUGGAAGAAAGGAGGCGAAGCGAUGGGCCGAGGCCGUUCAGAAGUCUUGAUUCGUGGUUUACCCAUGAAGAUUUUUUGAGAUUGGUCAAGGAGGAAUGGAGAGGCUUAGGAGAAGCACCAUUCACAGAUAAAUUGAAGGCUUUGACAGUUCCUUUGGGAAGAUGGCAUAAAAAUAACUUUGGGAAUAUGGACAAGACAAUCAUGAAGUUUGAGAAAGAGAUCAAGAAGAUUGAUGAAAUGGUGGGUGAUGGUGUCUAUGAUGGAACAAUGGAGGCUAGAAGAAAGGCGCUGGUGACUUGCUGUGAGAAAUGGUAUGUAAGAAAGGAGCUACAUUGGAAGCAAAUGUCGCGAUCUAGACAUACGAAGGACAUUGAUAAAAAUACGAGAUACUUCCAUAAUUUAGCUUCUGCGAGAAGGAGAAACAACAGGAUUGAUGAGUUGCUCAUUAAUGGAAGAUUGAUAAGGAACCAAGCUCGGAUUAAGAUUGCGGUUAGGGACUUCUACAAGAAUUUGUAUCAUCAGGAAGAGUCUCCUUUGGUGGGGUUCAGGGACGGAUUGGUAGAAAUGAUUGAUGAAGAUGAUGCUUUGGCUCUGGAAGUACAGCCGAAUCCUCAAGAGAUUAAAGAAGCAGUCUGA